CCUUUUUUGCUCCAUGCCCCCUUUUCGUGAAGCUUCGUACAGCUUUUCUGGACAUUUUUGUAAAAAAGGAGGGCCUUAUUUUACAAAUAUUAUAAUUCCUUUUUCUUUAUUAGUCCCUACAGUUCAUACCAGGUCAUCCUUCCAUCCACCAUCUCUCCGCGUUUCUCCGUACAUUCUUCAUUUCUCCUCCUCCUCAAAAAACCAGAUCUGCGUCGUCUGGCGGUCGGAGAUCGGACGGUCCUGAUUGCAUUUCCCGCUUCCAGUGCUGUGGAGUAAGGUUUGCGUGAGGGAGGAGCCGUUUUUCGGUGAACGGGUUGUAUCACGAGCAUUUGUUGGAUUUUGAAGAUGGUCUGAUUUGAUGCUUUGGUGGGUGUGCGACUGAAUUGCAGACGGGCCCUGAUAUGGCAGCGUCGGGAGAAGGGAGGCGUCACCAUAAUCUUGUGCCUCUGGCAGCGUUGAUCAGUAGAGAGCUGAAGACUGAGAAAAUGGAGAAGCCAUCUAUUAGAUAUGGGUGCGCUGCACAGUCGAGGAAGGGAGAGGACUUCUUUCUAAUGAAAACGGAUUGUCAGAGGGUACCCGGGAAUUCCUCAUCUACGUUUUCUGUGUUCGCGAUCUUUGAUGGGCACAAUGGGAAUGCGGCAGCAAUAUUUACGAGAGAAAAUUUAUUAAACCAUGUAUUGGGUGCAAUUCCUCGUGGGCUUGGGCGGGAAGAGUGGCUUCAAGCUUUACCUCGUGCAUUAGUUGCAGGGUUUGUGAAGACGGACAAAGAAUUCCAGAGCAGAGGAGAAACCUCUGGAACGACCGUUACAUUCGUAAUAAUUGAUGGGUGGACUGUUACAGUUGCAUCGGUUGGAGAUUCCCGUUGCAUUUUGGAUGCGCAGGGUGGUGUUGUUACCCUUUUGACUGUGGACCAUAGGCUGGAAGAGAAUGCUGAAGAGAGGGAACGUGUAACUGCAAGCGGAGGUGAAGUAGGAAGGCUCAGCAUUGUUGGUGGUGUUGAGGUUGGUCCCCUCCGUUGUUGGCCAGGUGGUCUAUGCCUUUCAAGGUCAAUAGGGGACAUGGAUGUUGGGGAAUUUAUAGUUCCUAUACCAUAUGUUAAACAAGUCAAGCUCUCUAAUGCUGGGGGAAGGCUCAUCAUUGCAUCUGAUGGAAUCUGGGACGCAAUAUCAUCAGAGAUGGCUGCAAAAUCCUGCCGUGGGUUGCCUGCAGAGCUUGCUGCUCGGCAAGUUGUGAAGGAAGCAUUGAGGUCAAGGGGGCUCAAAGACGACACGACCUGCAUCAUCGUCGACAUAAUUCCACCUGAUCAUUCUGUACAGCCUUCAACCCCACCCAAAAAACUAAACAGGUUUAGAUCUCUUAUCUUCCGGAAGAGGUCGCGUGACUCUGCAGGUAAACUUGCAAAGAAGCUAUCUGCUGUAGGUAUAGUGGAAGAACUGUUUGAAGAAGGCUCUGCAAUGCUUGCAGAAAGGCUAGGGAACGACACAUCGACAGGGCAGACAACAUCCGGUCUUUUUACAUGUGCAGUUUGCCAAGUGGAUCUUGCUCCAAGCGAGGGGAUCUCUGUCCACGCUGGGGCCAUCUUCUCCACCAGUUCAAAGCCUUGGCAAGGCCCCUUUCUAUGUGCUGCCUGUCGUAAUAAGAAAGACGCAAUGGAAGGAAAACGGCCAAGUGGAGUUAAAGUGGCAUAGCGCCCUCCCUCUCUCCGGCUUUCUCUACCAUUCUUUUAUUAAAUGCCCAACAUUUUUCUGGGCUUUUGCGCAAUUGCUUGAAUCUGCAGGAUGAUGUAGUAUCCAUGUAUGUAAUAUUUGCAAAAUAAUGUGCAAUGAGUUCUUAGCAUCUGAAAUUUGAAUUGUUUGGCCUUAGUUGUAGGUUGAAA